UGAUGUCUGAAGCUACACAUUUUUGAGGCAGCACCACAUCUGGGCUUGAUGUUUCAUGGCUGUGUAAACAUUCUGUGGGUCAAAGUUCAACUUUCUGGGCAAAGUUUUAGCAUUUCUGUGUUUGUGGGGAAGUCUUGUGCUUAUGUGUGAGGAUGGUCACGAGAGUCUGCAUCCCAAUCCUGAGAAGAGGGGUUUCAACUUAUCCCAGCAGGCUUUGGAAACAUGACAGUAUCUUCCAAGUUCAUCCGUCUGUGUCACAGGCAUUAGCAGGAAACAGACCAGUGGUGGCACUGGAGAGCACAAUUAUAACCCAUGGCAUGCCCUAUCCUCACAACCUGAGCACAACCAAAGAAGUUGAGGCCAUUAUACGAGCUGAAGGAGCGACCCCUGCCACUGUUGGGGUCAUAGAGGGUAAAAUUCACGUUGGUCUAUCUUCAGAGGAGCUAGACUUUCUAUCACAGUGCAAGAUGUCUCUGAAAGUGUCACGAAGAGAUCUGUCUUAUGUCAUCAGCCAAGGGUUAUCUGGAGGGACAACCGUGUCUGCCACAAUGAUAGCAGCGCAUCGAGCUGGCAUCCCAGUCUUUGUGACUGGGGGCAUAGGAGGAGUCCACAGAGAUGGAGAAAACAGUCUAGACAUUAGUGCAGAUUUGACAGAAUUGGGCAGGACCCCCAUUGCUGUGGUCUCUGCUGGUGUCAAGUCCAUCUUGGACAUUGGCCGAACCCUUGAAUUUCUUGAGACUCAAGGAGUCUGUGUUGCCACUUAUGGAUCAUCAAAAGGUUUUCCAGCUUUCUUUUCUCCCCAAAGUGGUUUUGAGUCUCCACACCAAGUCUCAAAUCCAGAGGAGGCUGCAGAGCUUAUAGCCAGUACCCUGUUUCUGGGUCUUCAAAGUGGGGUCCUAUUUGCUGUGCCCAUCCCGGCAGAGCAGGCAGCAGCAGGACAAGAGAUAGAAGAAGCAAUACAAGCAGCUGUGAAGGAGGCAAGUGAUAAAUGCAUCACAGGAAGAGACGUGACGCCAUUUAUUCUACAGAAAGUCAAUGAACUAACAAAAGGAAAGUCCCUUCAGGCCAACAUUGCUCUUAUUCAUAACAAUGCUAAAGUUGGCAGUCAGAUAGCAUGUGCACUGUCAAAAAUACAAAAUCAAAAGACAAGAAACACAACUAGGCAAGAUGGAAGCUUGAACAACAGAUCAGAUAUUGUAAGUAGUUUCUCAAUAAAUAACUUAAAAAUAAAUAUUUGCAACAAAAAAGUAUUUGUCAUUUUACAGGUUGUAAUCGGGGGAAUAAAUGUAGAUUUUAUUGCUAAAGGAAAAACAAACACAUUGCUUUCUGGACAAACUAACCCAGGAAGUGUCUGCCAGUCAUUUGGUGGUGUUGGGCGAAACAUUGCUGAUGCAUUAAGUCGGUUAGGCCACAAUCCCCUCUUCAUCUCAGCUACUGGAACUGAUUUCCACAGUGAAGCUGUUUUCAAUUACUGCAAACAUAUGGACACCAGUGGUGUGGCACAGCUAAAGGAGAGGAGCACAGCCACAUACUGUGCUGUAAUCACAGCAAGUGGUGAGCUGAGUCUUGGACUGGGCGACAUGGACAUUCACCAACAAAUCACUGAACAAUAUGUAUCACGGUUUGAAGAUCAGCUCUCUUGUUCCACUCUUGUGUGUCUUGAUGGAAACCUGCCAGUCACUACUAUAAACUAUGUUUGUUCUUUAGCUGAAAAACAUAAUAUUAAGGUGUGGUAUGAGCCAACAGACUCAGAUAAGGCAAACAAACCCUUUCUCUCUGAGGCUUGGAAAUCACUGUCCUACACCUCUCCAAAUUUGUCAGAGCUGUACACCAUGAAUAAAACAUUGGGCUUCCCAGUACCUCAAGCACUGCCAGACACACUUGAUGAAGUGUUGGAUGUUGCAAUGGCUCUCUCACGCCCCCUUCUGGAGCAUCUUUACUGUCUGGUAGUGACCCUGGGAGCUUAUGGGGUUAUAGUUUGUGGUGAAUAUGAUGCUGGGUCAAUUCAUCUACAGCCAAGAAAAUUGAAAACUAAAAGACAUCUAGGUGCACUGUUCUAUCCUGCUCUCAAAGUGACAGCUGAAGAGACUGUGAAUGUCUCAGGAGCAGGAGAUAGCCUUGCAGGAGCACUGAUUGCAGGGAUGCUUCAAGGCAGAGAUACAGACAGUUGUGUCCGAAUGGGACUUUUGGCUGCACGACUGUCACUGGUAUCAGCACACCCAAUUUGCCCUUCGUUGACCAUAGAUGCUAUAGAUCCCAAUAAACACCUGAACUGGACCAGGCCAACUUUUAAAAAAAUGAACUAAUAUGUUUUUAUCGUACAGUCUUUAUACUGUAUGUUGCUUAUUUUAUAACAGUAACCAAUAACAUAUUCAUGUGCAGUGCAAAACAGUGUUUACUUCUCAAUAAAAUGUUUGAAUUAUAA